AUGCACAAACAAAAUGUGCCGACGCCGUAAAACCAAAGAAGAAGAGAUCUAAUCCCAUGACAGAGGCAUGGCCUCCACCCUGAAAAAAAAUGUUUUCCAGUGUCUGGUAGAUAUUUCACUGACAUGCUGAAAAAAUCUGGGCAACACCCUAUUACCAAACCUACACAUCCUGUACAGGCUUGCCACUCAUUCUUCCUGCUCUUGCAUCGCAACAAAAUGGCGACGGGUGGUUUAUCUCUGGAGCAUUUUAUCUGCUCUGUCUGUUUCCCUGUAGACACAACUUCUGCCAGGGAUGCGUACAGGCCUACUGGAACAAAGGGGAGUGCAGCUGCCCUCUGUGUAUGAGACAGUUCGUUCAGAGACCUGAGUUGGCCAUGAACCAUGUUCUAGACACCCUGUCCAACACUCUCAGACUGGAGGAGCCACAUCCUGAACCAGCGAAAAUCUCCAUUACUCCCAGGAAAAUGGCAGGGAAGUUUACAGCUAUAGCUGAAGAUCUGGCCCAGCCAAGAGAUGUGAACAUAUUAUGUGAUAAACAUGGUCAACCUCUGUCUCUGUUCUGCCUGGAUGAUAAGGCUCUGGUCUGUGCUCAAUGUGUCUCUCUGGGUCAUAAGACCCACAAAACCACACCUGCAGAGGAACAGAUCUCCCAAAUCAAGCAGAGACUGCUAAAAGAGCUGCUUGCUAGAAAGAACAAUGUGUGCACCGUAAAGACUGAGAUCCUCAAAGCAAAGAACACCAUGGAGUCAUUCAAGAUGAGCCUGUCUGCCGUCCUGUACCUUUGCUCCUCUCUGGAUUACUGACCUCUGCCUGACCUGACCCUCAGACUGUCUGCCGUCCUGUACCUGCCUGCCGUCCUGUA